GCCGCGAUCCUCUGCCGGGGAACAGAGCGCUGCAACUUCCGGCAAACAGCGAACAACGAAGAAGUAAACCGGCGCUGAUUUUGAACUUUUAAGAAGAAUGUGCAAACUUUACCAAGUAGGUGUGGCUCUGCUGUUACUGGUGUGGGAAUGAACUGAACGUUGUAUUCGUGAACCUUUGCUUUAAACACUGGACGUUGUAACCACACCAUCACAGGAAAAACAUUACACAAGAGCUCCAUGCUGUAACACACGAUGGAGGCGUCCGUGGUGAACCUGUACAACCAGUUCCAGAGCCUGAGAGCCCAGGUGGACGGUCUGAAUGAGGGCAUUGAACCACAGUUCCUUCAGAUGGCUAUUCACUUUGAGGAGUGCCGAAAGAAGUGGCUGAGAGCAGGCGAGGAGCUGGUCUCCUGCAGAGAAGUGUUGUCGAAAGCAGAGACGGAGCGGGGAGCCCUGGAGGUCAAGCUGAAGCAUGCCCGCAACCAAGUGGAUGUGGAGAUCCGCCGGCGGCAGAAGGCGGAGGCAGUUCACGAGAAGCUGGAACGUCAGCUACAGCUGAUCAGGGAGCUGCUGAUAUCGGAGAACAACGGUAACAGUGUCCACUUGAGUGAGGAGCAGCGCUCCGCUCUGGCCUUCCUUAGUGCCCACUCACAGGCAGCACAAGCUGCUAUGAGCAACGUCAACACCAGUCGAAGGUUAACUACCAUUGAUGAAUCAGCUUCUUUGCUGUCAGACAUCAGCUAUGACCAAACGGAUGACUCUCUGGACUGGGAUGCUUCUGCGAUGAGGACUGUGAGACUGCGGAAGCGCCAAAAACGACGUUCCUCCAGAAAACUCUCUGAGGUUCCUCCACUGGCAAUGAAAAAACCUCGCUCCACUGGACGAACAUCAGAAGGGAUGAAUGAGUCUAUAGUGGCAAAAACCACGAUCACUGUCCCAGGGAAUGGUGGUGUUGUCGAGGCGGUCUCCACCAUUGAAACGGUUCCUUACCGAACACGCAGCAGGAAGAACGUUGCUCCAGCCUGGGGUGAUACAACCACUACUGACCAAAGUGAUGCUCAAAGCACACCAGUCUCCAUUUUACCCAUCCAGCUCCAAACCCUCAGAACUAAUAGAGGAGGAAAGACACACCAGUUCAUCCCCAAAACCGUGAUUAAGUCUGAGUUCUGCCUGCCAUGUGGAAGAAGAACAAAGUUUGGAAAGAUGUACCUUCGCUGCCAGGAUUGUAAGGUGGCGACUCAUCCAGAAUGUCGUGCCAACUGUCCUCUGCCCUGUAAUCCGCUAGUCCUUAGCACUCCCGUCCCGAACACCGAGAACACCUUGGCUGACUUUGCUCCACUCAGCUCCCCAAAGAUUCCUGCAUUCUUACUCUACUGUAUUAAGGAGAUUGAACACAGAGGCCUACAUGAGGUUGGCCUGUACAGAGUCUCUGGCCAAGAGCGCAUGGUAAAAGAGCUGAAGGAGAAGCUGAUUAGAGGAAAGACUGUGCCUCCACUUCACAAAGUGGAUGACAUUAACGUUGUCGCCGGUGUCCUCAAAGACUUUCUCAGAAACCUCCCAGAGCCACUGCUCACCUUUCAUCUCAACAAAGUGUUCAUGGAAGCAGCUGAAAUCCAGGAUGACGACAACAGUCUGGCCGUUCUUUAUCAGACCAUCAGUGAGCUGCCCCAACCCAACCGAGACACACUGGCCUGUCUUAUGAUCCAUCUGAAAACUGUUUCUGAGUGUGUGGAUACCAAGAUGGAUGUGAACAACCUGGCCAGAGUGUUUGGCCCUACUCUUGUGGGUCAUGCUGUUCCCGACCCAGACCCUAUGACCAUCCUGCAUGACACGAGCCGACAACCACGGGUUGUAGAGCGCUUGCUUAGUAUUCCAGUAAACUACUGGGGCCAGUUUGCUUAUCCAGAUAAUACGAGCAUGGACAAUGCUCACCACGCUGAUACUCCGGACCACAAUGUGAGCAUCUUGGGACCAGUGACUACUCCAGAGCACCAGAGGAUGGCCAAAACACCCUCUUCCGGCUCACUUACCCAGCGCAUGAAGCAGACCCUCUCCAGCACCACAAUAUUUGGGAGCAAGAGCAAAGCAUCAGCUGCCUCUAACCGCCAGGGAAACUUCUUCGCCUCUCCACAGCUGAAGUAAUCGUAGAGGAUAAAAAAGAAAUAGAGUUCACCCAUAUUGUAUUUCUGGGUUACUUGUUGCAAUACCUGAAGAUAUAUUCACAAAAUGAUGUGUGAACCCUCUGUGCAUUUAAGCAUGUAACAAUUUUAUUACCACGUUUUUUUAUUAGUCUUUCUAACCUGAUUUUUGGUUUUGCUUCUUAAAAAGAGAUUACUGCACGAUUGUUUAAGUUUGUUUUUAUGUCUUUGAAUACUAAUGAUUUAUUAUUGACCAAAACUGGUGACGUCUGUGAUUUUAAGAAGUUUAAAGGCUUUGACAAGGCAACUGUUCUAAAACAUUUUAGUAAUUACAUGCUCUACGUUUGUGUAAAACAGGUUUAUUGUUCAGAAGCUGUGCUUUCACAUGUGUUUGCCCCUAUUUGAACCUGUGGUUGUAACCACGGCGACAGAGUUGCUCAAACACACGUGAAAUACACUCCUGCAUUAGUCAAAGAGCGCUUUGUUAUUGGCCAGUGUCUUUGUCUUUUAGCAUUGGUUGCCUUGUCGUUGUCCUAAAACUGACAUCUUUUGUUUUCAUGAUCUAACAAUGUUUUUUUUUAUAUUUAUGUUGAUUGUGUGCUAUGAUCUAUAUGAAUCGUGACAAUUUUAUAUAGUAAAAAUACUGCUGUCUAAACACUGAUACUAAAUGGGAACAAUGUUGCAUUUUGCACUGUGUGACAAUCAGUCUAAAAAAAACGCACGCCCCUAGAGGCUGCUGUUGCACCACUUUUGAAAUGCAAGCCAUAACCAAUGAAGAUGAUCUACUGCUUAUUAUGCACACAGCCACUGAGUAUUACUGACUCGUUACAAUCAACAGAUUGACAAUACUGUGAGUUAUUCUUUUGACCUACGACGGUUCAGCAAAGAUUUGUUUCAACCGCAAGCCGGAGGUCUGAGACUCAUCUGUGUGGUCAUCACAAAAUACAAUCUGGAGCCUUAUUAAAAUAGAUUUGCAUGCUCACUGAUUUAUUUUUAUUUUUAUAUUUGUGUCCACGUUACCAUUGUUGCACAGAUACGUCAUCAGCAAUGGACAAGAUGUGACGUUUGCGAUGAGAUUUCCUCUCUGCUGCAUUCAAUAUCACGUUUUUAGGAUGCUGCAGAUAUUAGUGAUGAUGGCAUUACUUGCACAAUAUUAGCUACCCAAAGGAGAAAUAUGUUGACAAAGUGAUUACAGUAUUUAGGCAUUAAAACCAAAUGUAACCAUGGUUUGCCUGGAAGUAAAGAAAUGUCAAACACGG